CUCGUCCUUGUCGUCGUUUAUGCUUGACGGUUCACUGCUUCACGGCAGUGCUGCCGGCAAUGUGCUAUGGAUGCUUAUUUCACCAGUUGUGCCAGAGCGCCUCUAACGUGCACGACCUUCUUUCACUGCGGAACUGUAGCGGUCCCAGGGGGGAGGAGGGAAGGAGACGCCCCUCCCCCCUCCCCCCUUCUCCUGCCCUCGAGUGUGCUCGCCCGACCGACCUCGGCCUGGCCAGAAUAUGUACAGCCUGCGCAGAGGGGGACCGAACGAGGCGGCCGCCGCUGACGCAGAACCGCGGCAGCGCCGUGCUGCCGAGAAGCCCGGAGGGUAUCUCAGACGUGCCGCGUAGGAGGAGGCGCAAGCAUUCGAAAUUCGGUCCAUCCACCUCGGCCAUCAAGCUCGCCCUGCCACCUAGUGACAACUAUCAGGGCGCGGCUGCUCUGGCAAUGUGUAUUCUCUCCAGUAUGCGGCAGGAAGGCCUAAGCGCAAGAAAAAUGCUGAAUUAUGUUUGCUGCUGCACGCAACUACGAAGAAUCUCAUUGCAAACAUCGGAGGCGCAGGGUGCGUCCGCGUUCAAAUGCGAGCCACCCCACAUUGAAAUCCCACUGAGCUUGCAAGUUCAGCUGAUGGAUUCCCCGAAAGAGCACGCUUAGGAGCCUGCUGUAUGCAGAAUCCUUCGAUAAUCCGCCACAGCGUUUGCACCGUAGCCAGUUCGCAUCAUUAUGUUGCCGUUUGGCCUGACGCGAAACCAUUCGAAACGGGUAUCUGAACUUUGGGCUCUGUAUACGUAACAGACUUGUUGGUGCGCCACGACACGAUGUCCCGACUGUGCUCCCCUAGAGGCGGUGCAACAUUCCCGACUCAGCUCCUUGCUCCAGUGUAUGCCGCCUUAGGCGUGAGCACGAAAGGAACACCUGGACACUAGGACCUCAUCAACUUGAUGGACGCAAAUGAGGCGGGAUCGAUAGUCCAAGUCCCAAGGUAGGUCACGGGAUGCGUCGAAUUCCGAAGCCCACCAGGUACUUCUCCCGCCGUGACACGCCUUCCAACAUGCCAUGCUCUCGUGGAAAAACAUGGCAUAACAAUGCGGAGUAUUGUGCAACAU